CAAAAGUUUUUUUUUUCGCUAUAAUAAUUCUGUCCAGGAAUAUGGCAGAUGAUGAAGAUGAUAAACACCGCAAAUAUAUCGAAAAACCGGCAGAUAUAACGAAAUCAAAGGAAAAUAUAGUGAAAGAGAUACAACUGCUCGACUGGGAAGAUGACAGAGAACACUUUUCCUCAAGAUUUUAUUAUAUUCUUUCAAUGAUACAAAUAUGUCUAUCAUUUCAUGGUAUAUUCGGAUGUCCUUUGGCCUCUCUCAAUCAUGGAGGUAUAGCCUUCUUCAUUCCCUACACCCUGUUCACGUUCAUCUUGGGAUAUCCCAUACACUUCAUGGAAAGUUCGCUGGGACAAUACUCUCAACUCGGACCUGUCAAAGUAUGGAACUGUGUACCCCUGGCAAGAGGCAUUGGAAUAUCUUGCAUCUUCCUCUGCCUUAUAGUGGCCUUCUACAACAACGCCUACGCCAUCUACGCAGUUAUGUACUUCUCCAGAUGUUUCGAUACGGUUUUACCAUGGUCAGAUUGCGACGAACCAGAGUACAAGAACAUAACCUGCGUUCCCAGGAUGGGUUAUUUGCAUAAAGACCAAUAUUCACCAUCCCAGCAUUACUUUUACGAUCACGUUUUGCAGUUGGAUCUCACGCAACAUAUUGGACAUUAUCAUUUUGGGAGGUUCAUUUGGCAGCAAGCCCUUGCUUUUGUUUAUAGUUGGUUCGUGGUUUACAUCGGUGUGUUCCAAAACAUCAAGAGCCUAGAAAGGAUUUUACCAAUUUUUAUUGGAGUCCCACUGUUUUCCCUCCUAGUUUUGUUUUCCAUCGGCUGUCAACUUCACGGAGCUUUUCACGGUUUCAAGCUGCUUUUUUCAGCGUCGAAUUUCGUCCAUUUGGGGAGGAUUUCGACGUGGUGCAAGGCUGCUGAAAUGGUUAUCAUUCAGUUAGGAAUUGCGCAAGGGACUUUGAUUACGUACGGGUCUUAUGCCUACCACAGAAAUAAAACCCAUAAAGAUUCAAUGAGGAUUGUAUAUACGAAUUAUGCAAUUUCCAUUGGAUCUACAUGCAUCGUUUGGCUAUUUUUGGGAUCGUUGAGUACUGAAAGGGGUGCUCUGCAAAAUCACUACGAAUUUGGGGACUUCAGUUACGUGUUCGUUGUGUUCCCCGAGGUUUUGAGUAAACUAAGCGGCGUUAGGCUUUGGAGUAUCAUUUUAUUUUUGUUAAUCUUUUUUUCAUGCAUCAAUUCCCAAAUAGCCCUGAUACAAACUAUCGCUUGCAGCAUAUACGACCAGUUUCCCCAAGUUUUAGAGUUGCGAUGUAUUCUCAAUCUAGCUCUAUGCAUGCUUUUCGCCAGUUUGGGCGUUCUCUUGUGCUCCAGCACCGGUUGGCUGCUCCUGCAGCCAUUUUUCGAAAUACCAAACGUUGUCUCCAGGAUUCCGAUAGCGUCUUUCACGGUCGCUGUUAUAGUUCUCAUUUACGGAAUCAAUAAAUACUGCGAGGACCUCCAUUUUCUGAUUAAUUAUUAUCCUUCCUUCCUAAUGAGGUUGUUAUUUUACGUGGCUCCUUUCCUGAUGCUGGGACUGCAUCUCGGGACUAACUGGAGACUGUUCGCUCCAUUUUCAGACGGUGAUUUCUCCCCCUUCAAGUUCCUUCUCUAUCUGAUACUGAUCUGGAAACCUAUCGGUUUUUUAUAUUGGGUCCUUCGGUCAGCUAUUAAUGGGGAAUUGAGGGAUUGUUGGAGAUCGUUAGAAACAUGGGGACCUGGAAACGAGAAGGCGCGAUUAGCUAGGGCGUAUUUUUCAUCGGAGAGUAGGGUUACGCUGUCGAUGCCAUGGAGAAAGAGGCUACAUUAUUAGGAAUGAUUCGAAAAAAUUAUAUUAUUUAUUUUAUCUGUUUAUGCAACUCAUUUACUUUGGGAUGAAUAAAGUUUUUGAUUGAA